AUUUUUUUUUUUUUUAUUCCUCUUGGAGUUACCCCAGCUGCCUUGGUGUUCUCAUCUUCACUGCAAAGCUGUGUCAAUGGCUCUGAUGGACAAACACAAAGUAAAGCGACAGCGUUUAGAUCGCAUCUGUGAAGGCAUUCGCCCACCGAUUCUGAACGGCCCGAUGCACCCCAGGCCCUUGGUGGCGCUGCUGGACGGGCGAGACUGCACGGUGGAGAUGCCCAUUCUGAAAGACGUGGCCACCGUCGCGUUCUGCGAUGCUCAGUCUACACAGGAAAUACAUGAAAAGGUCCUCAAUGAAGCAGUGGGUGCCAUGAUGUACCACACCAUCACACUCUCCAGAGACGACCUGGACAAGUUCAAAGGCCUGCGCAUCAUUGUCCGGAUAGGCAGCGGUUUUGACAACAUUGAUAUCAAAGCAGCUGCUGAGUUAGGGAUUGCAGUGUGUAACAUCCCCUCGUCCUCGGUGGAGGAGACAGCUGACUCCACACUGUGCCACAUCCUGAACCUGUACCGGCGGGUCACGUGGCUGCACCAGGCCAUGCGAGAGGGCACCCGCGCCAGCAGCAUGGAGCAGAUCCGUGAGGUGGCAGGGGGAGCGGCGCGCAUCCGGGGAGAAACUCUCGGCAUCAUCGGCCUGGGGCGGAUUGGCCAGGCAGUGGCUCUGAGGGCGAAGGCGUUUGGCUUCAGCGUGAUUUUCUACGACCCCUAUCUUCCAGACGGGGUGGAGAGGUCCCUGGGCCUGCAGAGAAUGAGCACCCUGCAGGAUCUGCUAAUACACAGCGACUGCGUGUCAUUGCAUUGCUGUCUGAACGAGCACAACCACCACCUCAUCAACGACUUCACCAUCAAACAGAUGCGGCAGGGGGCAUUCCUCGUGAACACUGCCCGAGGAAGCCUCGUGGACGAGAAGGCCCUUGCUCAGGCACUGAAAGAGGGCAGGAUACGAGGGGCGGCACUUGAUGUUCACGAAACCGAACCUUUCAGUUUUUCUCAGGGUGCUUUAAAAGACGCCCCAAACCUGAUCUGCACUCCUCACACAGCCUGGUACAGUGAGCAAGCGUCCAUAGAGUCGCGAGAGGAGGCUGCCAAAGAGGUCCGCAGAGCGAUCACAGGGCGCAUCCCAGACAGUCUGAAGAACUGCGUUAAUAAGGAGUAUCUGAUGGCAGCAGCUCAGUGGCCAACCAUGGACCCAGCCAGCGUACACCAAGAGCUCAACGGAGCUUCAGCAUACAGGUUUCCAGCAGGAAUGGUCGGCGUCACAGCAGGGGGGCUCCCAGCCGCAGCAGUGGAGGGGAUGGUAGCAGGAACCCUGUCAAUCUCACACGGGAUCCCCCCCGGCCACGCCCCCUCACCCGGACAGACCGUCAAGCCCGAGUCCGACAGAGAAAUCCCAGCGGACCAAUAGCAACGCACCAAAACCACAUUCCUCACCCUCGCCACCUCUAACAGGCAAUUACUGACUUUCCCUUAAAAAAAAAAAAAAAAAAAAAAAAAAAAAAAAACCUGAACAUUUUCUCUGCAGUUCUGUUUGACUUGUGUUUAAUUUCUCAAUGAUUACUACACAUUCUGUUUGUUUCUCUUAAGUAGUAAGCAUUAAUUGCCUAUUAAAGGACUUUUUUUUCUCAUUUUAGAUUUUUUUUUUUUUUUUUUGGUGUGCAGUAUUAAGUGCUGGGAACUUUGCACAGAUCACCUAGUUUAAAACAGAACAGUGUUCUUUUAUAGUGACAUGGAAAAUACAAUCAAAGGAAACACUUGGCCGCUACCAAUCUUAAUUAACAUAGUAAAUAUAUAAUCUAUCCAAACCCGCUGUAGCCCCACAAUAGUUUUCUAUUGAAUGGGUAAGCACUUGUCAUAGCAUUUCUGAUUCCUUCUUGUAACCAUGAAAAUGUGCACCAAAUUAGAAAAAGCAACCACAGAAUCUACCUUUAGGAAGUUUGUGUGUUUUGAAAUGCCUCCUAAUACCAGACCACAUUGUCUACCCAGAUCCUUAUACAGUCAGUCUAACACACACACACUCUUAUCCCUCACAGCUUCGCUCCCAGUCUCGCUCCCCCAGCCUUGUGUUUCCUCCAAUAAACAAAAAAAAUAUUUCUCUGAACAUAGUUCCUCAGUCCUCUCAAUAUGGGAUGAUCUGUGUGCCAUCUGGGUUACAGCAAACAGACUGCACGACAAAAACCUGUGAUCAUUUACAUUUUAAAAGGUGUCUUGUGCCCUGUAUUCAUUACGUUUGGUUCAGCUGCAAUCAGAAACCUCUAGGAGUGUCGCAUCUGAAUAUCUUUUCAAACAGGAACUGGUGUAGAAAAUGAAUGUUCCUGUCCCUACUUGUUUGAGCUCUUAUGUUUUGUUGACGAGGGGAAGGGAGUUUUGUAAUUGUAACUGUAUAGGAUUUGCAGGAGAAACUAUUUUGCAGUGUUUUUUAUAUUCAGGUAUUUCCUUUAAUUUUUUUUUUUUUGGAUCAAAUAUUUGAUUAAUUUUUUUUUUUUUAAUAUUGUGGAAAAUACUGAAUUGAUUUUAUUAAUCUGAUGUAGAAUUUGUUGAUUUGGUGACAUUCCUAGAAGUGUCUGCGGUGGUGACAAAUUUAGAUUUUUAGUACUCGAUUCCAUAUGGCAAACUCAGACAGCAAAAAUUGCAGUUCCUGCUUUGGCUCUUGCAGACGGUGGUAUAUACGUUUAUUCUCCUUUGGCAGAGGCAUUGAGGGGCCACAGUAAACGCCAGCCAAUAUAGGGGCAAUCCCACAAGGCAGAAGAAUGUAAAGCAUCUCCUCCUCAAACUUGAAAAUCCUUGGCAGCUGCCAGACACUUCAAUGACAUGUAUGUAGCGCCCGCCUACUGUAAAUGAAUUAGGCACUUCAGAGCAUUUACACCUACUUUUAAAGAUUGGCUUCCCGAUCUGUACCACAAGAGGGCGCCAGCAGCAAAGUAUAGGUAGACAUCCAUAGCAAGUAUUUCAGGAUGAUUAUGUAUGCUUGGCAGCUGAAGUUGGUUAAGAAAGAAGCAGACAAAUGCUUCUAAAUCCAGGUUCCAGGAGAAGUGAGAUUGUGACUAUCUUGAAUUCACCGAAGCUGAAAACUACCUUGAAUAAUUGGAACCGUAUGAGGGGUACAGGAUGGAUGCACACCAUGAAGCUGGCUUAUGAUUCACAGCAGUUGUAACAAUAAUUGACUACGAUCAAUCCAGGGCCACGCAGGCAUGUCUUGUAGUAUGAAAGAAUUGCCAGGUUUACUUUUUGUGAUUUUGCAGGCAAACCAUUUUAUAAAGCUGUGUGUGUGUGUGUGUGUGUCUAUAUAUAUAUAUAUAUAUAUAUAUAUAUAUAU